GCAGCCGGACGGCAGCGGACGCAAACCACCGCCACCGCCGCCGCCGCCUCCUCCGUCGCCCGUGGUUGUCGUCGUUGUCGUCGUCGUCGUCGUCGUCGCCGUCGUCGUCGCCGCCGCCACCGCCACCGACGCCGCCACUGCCGCGGCACUGCGGCAGUCGUGUACCCCGGCACAGGUGGCCCGCGCGUCGUUUGGCCGCACAGCGACGGUUGGGUUGCGAAACGUUUUCGAAAAGCGGGAAAAAAAACCCACAACCGUCACGCCCGCGCCGGCCCAGCAACAUUAAUCGGCGACGACGUCGGACCAAAGACAUACCCUCGCAACAACAACCAUAGCGCGGCGACAGAAACGACGACGGCGGCGGCGGCCCGGCGACGACGAUAACAUGGAGGAACAGUUGAUCGCAGAGAUCGAGCGGCGGCCCGUGCUGUACGACAGGAGCGUGCAAGCGUGCAAAAAGAUGUCGGCUCGGGACGAAGCGUGGCGCGAAGUGGCCGAAAUAAUGAAGCAAUCCGAGGCAGAAGUGAAAAAACGGUGGAGAACGCUCCGGGAUUCGUUCAUGCGGUUCCACCGGCUACAGCGGACGUUCGGGCCCAAGGGCAAGAAGAAAAUGUGGAUUUACUACAACGAGAUGGCGUUUCUGAUACCGCACAUCGAGCCCAGAGACUACAAGAUGUCCGGAGCCUUCGACGGCGCCGAGUUCAACGACGACUGCAACGCGGACAUGGACAACAACAGCCGGACGGCCGCGGAAACCCACCCCUCCGACAUGGUGUCCAUAGCGUCCGACAUGUGCGAGGCCGAGCUGACCACGCCGCCGAUCGGCAGCGCCGGUUGCCAGUGCUUCAACGGCAUCGGUCUGCACGUGCAACAGGAACCAUCGAACAUGUUGAUGAUGGAACCGGUCGGCGGCGGCGUCAAGCGCAAGGGGUCGGACGACUCGUCGGAGUCGGCCACCGACUCGGACGAACACUUCGCUCUCAGUUGCGUCGCAUCGCUGCGCCGUCUGCCCGUGCGGAAGAACGCCGAGAUGCGCAUGAAGAUCUUGCACAUGCUUUACGAGGCCGAAUACGGCGAAGAACCCGUAUUGCGAUAAAUCUCCGUCGCGUGUUUAUCAUAAAAUUAUAAUAUAUUGUCGUUUAACCAUGUGACAUUUUGUGCAUAUUUUUUUUUUCUUAUUUACUAUUAAUUAUUAUUAUUUAGUAUUACUACUACCUAUAUUAUGUACUCUUGUGUUGUAUUUAUGAUAAAUAGAUGAUAUUAUUAUUAUUAUUGUAAGUUGAAAUCCAUUUUACUUAUACUUAUACAUUGUGACUAUUGUACGAUUUAAGUGAUUUAUUGUAAUGAAAUAAAAAAUAAAUAAUAAUAAUAUAGUCAUUUUUUUAUACGUUAAUAA